AAAUCCAUACCAGACCCAAAGGGCCUGACGGUGCACAUCAAUGCCACAUAUCAGUGCCCAUCUGAACUGCCUUUCAAUGCCACCUAUCAGUGCCAGUCAGUGCCACCUAUCAAUGCCAGUCAGUACCACCUAUCAGUGCUGCCAAUCAGUGCCACCUAUCAGUGCCAGUCAGUUCCGUAUAUCAGUGCCAGUCAGUGCCGCCUAUCAGUGCGGAUCAGUGCUGCCUAUCAGUGCUCAUCAGUGCUGCCUAUCAGUGCCGCCUAACAGUGCCAGUCAGUGCCACCUAACAGUGACAGUCAGUGCUGCCUAUCAGUGCCGGUCAGUGCCGCCUAUCAGUGCCAUAUAUGAGUGCUGCCUUUCAGUGCCCAUCAGUGAUGCCUGUCAAUGCCCAUCAGUGCCACCUACCAGUGCCUCCUCAUCAGUGCCCAUCCGCGCCACCUAUCAGUCCCCAUCAGUGCAGCCUAUCAGUGCCCAUCACUGCAGCCUCAUUAGCGCACAUCAGUGAAGGAGAAAAAUCACUUAUUUACAAAAUUUAAUAACAGAAACUAAAAAAAAAAAAUUUUUUUUUCAAAAUUUUCUGUUGUUUUUAGUUUGUUUAGAAAAAAAAUAA